CAUACGAUGCCUCCCUCAAAACUUCAAGGCGAAAAGAAGAGGAGGAAGAAGGAAGGGAAGAAAACCAGUGGCCAAAGACAAGGAAAGACAACAUGGAGCCGUCUUCAACCAAAACAGAUCCUAAUUAUAACUUGCCUCACCCAGGCCGAACCAGCUUCUUCACUUGGGUCAUGGCCAUAGCCUGCGCCUUCAUCUGGCUCGUCGUCAUCGUCGCCGGCGUCAUCGUCCUCGUGAUCUACCUCGUGUUUCACCCCACCGAACCGAAGGUGGACAUCGCCUCCGGCACUCUCAACGCCCUCUACGUCGACGGCGGCACGUUCCUCAAUGCAGACCUCACCCUCCUCAUGAACCUCACCAAUCACAACUCGAAAGUUCAUAUCAAGUUCCAGUCCAUUUCCUUCACCCUCUUAUUCGAUAAAGUACUAAUAGCGACGCGCGCCGUCGAGCCGUUCGCCAUGGGGAGCCACGAAUCGGCCCUCGCAAACGUCGAGUUCGUGACGAGUGCUGUGUACCUCAGCCCGAAUGAGGUGCAGGAGCUGCAAAAUGAGGUGAAGAACAACAGGGUCAGGUUGAAAGUGGUGGGUGCGUUCGAGACCGGUUUCAAGCUGGGGAGGUUAAGGAGAGUGUACCGUUGGACAUUCUGGCAAUGCAACCUGGCUUUCGCAGACCCACCUAGUGGUGCCCUUGUAACUCCUCUCAACUGUCGCUCAUGAAUUAGAGUGAGAAACUUGUACAUGGCUAGGUUGUAGUAAAAGUAUCUUUUCACAGGUUCAUGGUUUUUCUUUCAUGAGAUAAAAGAGUAUUGAAUACUAGCUCUACAUAA